AAGAUUAGUUCAUUCGCGAACGACACAUGACUAUUUGCGUCUGUAUUGAGUAAGGCCGAAGGUGGAACAAAAAAAAAAUACUUUUCUUAAAAUAAUCUCCCGCAUACUGUAAAUUAUUAUUUUAGUGCAAUUUAAUAAGUUUUAAUAGAAAACGAAAACACAAAAUAAAGAAAGAGCGGCAAUGGGUUUAAGUAACAUAUUGAUCUUAAGUCAAAUAGCUGGGUAUGUUAUAAUUCUGAUUCUUUCAUUAUGCAUUUUUAUACCCAUUUAUUUGCAAGUAAGUGAUUUUAACGGACACUGCUUGCUUUUCGCUAACGGAACAUGGAGGGAGGACGACGGCUUAUUUGAUGUUAAGUGGCCUUCCAAGGUUUUCUGCAAUUUCCCUAUGGCUACUGGAGCAUUCCUUUUCUUUUUUGCAAUUUUUCAAAUAUAUAGGUUUGCUCAUCUUGCAUAUAACCAAAAAGAUACUUCUUUUAUUGGAUUGUUUUUAGACGUAGCUUUUGGAAUUGUAAUGCUCUUUCUAAUAGUAAUAUCUGCUGUAUUUAUUACCGUAGGGUUUAUAUUUUGGUGUAGUGCUAUGACUGAACGCUUCCCUUCGUGUGAAAUAGCUGCCGGCCAAAAUAUCACAAAAGAAAAUGAAAAGGUCGAUACAUCCCGUUUCUAUAUAGAAAUGGGCACAGCACAGUUUGGUGCAUGGGGAUCUUUUGCGUUUGCAGUUGGGGUUAUUGUGACAUCACUUUUAAAAUUAAUAAACAAUCAUCAAACAACGAAUAUUCGUGUUUCCAUGUAUUUGGAAAGACAACGACUUGUCAAUGAAGAUUCAUAUAUUGGGCCGCUGGAUAAUCGUUCUGCUUCUAAUUAAAAUAAACAUAAUGAAACUUAUUUUUGUGAUAUUCAUUUUAUAUUAUAAUAUACGUUUAAUGCAAUAAAAGUAGUAUUAUGUUAAUUUACAA